AUGUUUAGAACAUCGUGUUGGUUUCUUGUUGCUGUUCUAUUUUCAGUCCAUUGUCUGCAAAGACAGUUUUGGUAUUCCAGAUUGUACAAAGAAUUGACAAACUCAUCCCUAGCCGUGCUUUAUGGAGAAGUUGCUAGUCUUGUUCAUUGUGCAGGACUUUGUUCCGGAGAUGACUACUGCAUGGAGUUCCUUUACAGCGAAACAAGUAGACUUUGUAUUGGACUUCACUGUGUAAGGGAGGAAAGCUUCUCGCAUCAGUAUGUUGUACUGGAAUCUGCACAAAUGUUACGGUAUAGAAAAGAGUUUAAAUGGGUAGAAUAUUUUGGUCACUAUUAUUUCUAUGAAGAAGAGAAACUCACAUGGGAAGGUGCUAAGCUGGCAUGUCAGAAAAAAUGUGCACAUUUGGUGGAAAUUGAAAAGAAGGAAAAAUCUGAUUGGCUGGCAACUACAUUUCUUUUGAAUGACGGUUGUUCCAAUUUGUACCGACCAUGUACAGCUUGGACUGGACUAAACGAUCGUCACCUUGAAGGCCAAUACGUAUGGGACCAUUCCAACACGUCCAUGGCCUUUAUCAACUGGUAUGAAUACUAUCCAAGCAGGGUUGAUCAGCGAGACUGCGUUGACAUUCUGUGGAAUGGUGCAUAGAACGACAGACGCUGCUCGCAUUUAAACUCAUUUAUCUGUGAGAGGAGAAAUGUUCGGUAAUAGGUCGUGUGAGGUAUCUCGUAUGAUGCAAUGCUUAUCUAC